AAGCCAAUCAUAGGGUUUUUGUGCAUCUCAAAGACUCGGACGGUAACAAUGGAGCUGACGGCGCAAGAGCUGAACCUGUACAACGGCUCCGAUCCGUCGAAGCCAAUUUACGUAGCGAUUAAGGGCCGCAUAUUUGACGUCACUGCCGGCAAGUCUUUCUACGCUCCCGGAGGAAGCUACGCCAUCUUCGCCGGAAAAGAUGCCACCAGAGCCCUAGCCAAGAUGAGCAAGGCUGAGGAGGAUAUCUCCCCUUCAACCGAAGGGCUAUCUGAGAAAGAAAUUGGGGUCCUCCAGGACUGGGAGAAGAAGUUUGAAGCUAAGUAUCCUGUCGUUGGCCGUGUUCGUACAUAAUCUUCCUAAUUUAUUUCUACACCAUUUACCAUAAGCUUCAGUUAUAUGUAUUUAAAAAAGAGAUGAUUUGAUGGAAUUGAUGCUAUUCGGUUGAAAUGUGUGCUUAACUUAUUGGUGUAUCUUCAUAAUCAUCUGAUGCUGUAAUCUCAUGAACAAUGGCUUCUUUGCAAUCGAUAAUCUGAAUGUUACCUCUUCUCUGCAUUAAACUGAGAUGGGAAAUCAAUUCACUUCAGAGUCUGAAUUUUCA